CAGUACUGCAAAAUUUAUAUUAAGAUCAGUUAACAAAGCUGCUGUUUGGCUAUAUGACGACUGCGGUCGAAUGCUCCGUAAAAUCAACACCGGUGCCGCGAGCAGAUGAACGAGGCGUAUGACGAUUUGCACCACCCGUCAAUGCAUCGUAGCACUCCGUUGACUCUAUCUGCUUGACUGUAAAAGUAAACAUACUGACGUCGUAAUGACGGGGCUGUGGAGAUCCUAUAAACGUGUUGUCGUUUAACCUUCACCAUAUAUUUGGAACAUUUGCUGCCGCCACACCUUUAGUCAUAUAUACAAUAUAGGAUAUAUCGAUUAACAUACUAUUAUAUAUUUAAAAAACAUUUUUAAGAUUUGACACAGCACGAAUUUUCUUUGUCGCGCGUACGUUCAAAUUCAGCUAAUUGUUGGUAACGUCGGAAAAUCUAUUUCUAGUUAACUAACCAUGUUCGUUUAGAUGCGCGUCUAAAAGAUGUUUCGAAUUUUACAUCCAUUACUUAGAAAAUUCUGUGCGCGCCUAGCGAUCGGUGAGAUUGCCUUUCGUGUGCUGCCCUUCCCCAAUUUGUCGUCUGCUUUUGCAGCCUAUGGCCGCUUCCGCGAAAGCUCGGGGUCAGGAUGAUAUUAAUUCUACAAUCACUACAGAACAAAGCGGCAAGAUAUCGGUGGUGAAAGUAAUGCUACGACUAUUAUAUCUUUGGUGUAUUUCUGUCGUGAAGGUUCGUAUGUUUUGGUUGCCCGGACCGACAGUUGGUAGCAGCCGGUCAGCGGACAUUUCCUGAUUCUGUCCUCGGAUUUCCCUUGCCCUCUACUUCUACGACUCAGUUGAUUCACUGCACUUCACUGCUCUAAAUUGACCGGAGCGAAGCCCUAAUACGAAAGCUAAAAUGCACGCAGUCAGCUGAAAAAUGCCCCAAGCCAGUAACUGUCUAACGAGAACGUAGUGGAGUGGACACUGCGGUGUCAUCCGCCGGUUACUCACACUGUCUAUCAUAUAUCCUGUCCUUGGUGCACCUGCGCGAAUGUAGUUUGGGCCACAAGUAGUGGCAUGUUUGUAUUAGUAAGACCACUCUGAGAUAUCGGGUAGUCAGUCACAUGGUUUGUAGUGUUUUUGUCGAACGUUGUGCGUUGCAGUUCGAAGAGUGCCUAAGAUUCGGAGGCUGAAACCUGAGAAGAGGAAAGGACGGUAUUAUCUAGGAGAACUAAUUUAGCAAGCCCAGGUCUCUUCCCAUGAGAGAAUUCAUAGAAGCGUAUUCCGAUGCACCCCAAAUGUCCCUUUUAUCCACCAUUCUAAACACGACAGCUGAGCACCUCGUGGAACUGAUUGAUCGCUCACUGCAAAACUGGAUUAUCGAUGGGGUACAGCAUGCAUUCGACGACCAAAUAAUCGAAUGGAAUGGGGAGCGCACGUUUCUGGCAAGAGUACGAAGAACCGGCAAAACCUGCAAGAACUGCAAACAUUACAGGACGUUGUACGAUGACGAGUAUUAACAGUAGAGAUAAUAUCCGCUCAUUCUGCCUUAAUUCAGCAUCAGCGAGUCGGGAGGACGAGUCAGCUGGUAGGAGGCAAGGCGCGGUAGGGAAAGAUUUCCGCGCAAUAUGUAGUAUUUGCCUUGUAAUAAUUUAUUCCUUACACAAACAAUAGCAGAAGGGAUGGCGUCCUCUAUGGCGAGGUAGUGAUAAACUGAGUAUCUGUGAUACAAUUGUAUUUCAGUUGCUGGAAGUGUCGUUUAGUCAGCGAUUGGGUCUUUUGUUGUUAUUGCCCGUUAUUUUUUACGCUUUUCUGGUAAAGAAUAAAGGGCAGUAUAGCUUUUGAACAGAGCGAGUUUUACGUCCAGUACCGCCAUUAGGCAUCCUAUCAUAUAACUGACUUCCUGCUCAAAACAAAGUCUCUGAUCGCAGAUCAAGCGACGAAGCGACUACCUACGUACGUCGAGCAAAGAUGGGAGCCCAUCGGCGCUGGCACAUCUCGUCUAGCUAGCUUCUGUUUGUUUGUGCUACCUUCGCCCGUUUCCUUCUCCGUCUUGGCGUUUCUUUUUUUCAUUUUCUCUAUGCCAUGCCAUAUCUUGGACGAGCAGCACCGCUACGUCAACAGCUGGCGAUUCCCAGCUCCUUCUUGUGCACGAAACCGUUCUAUAGCGACCGCAGUGCAAACAGCAGCGGAUGCGUCUCUUGCGUUUGAUCUCCUCCGGUAUUUCCUUAUUGGCGAUCCUCAUUUAAAUCGACGUCAACCGUUGAUUAGCAGCUUUCCGUAUUAUAUUUAAAGGAACAGUAGUUGGUUGUUCGUGUGCGUGUGACGACGGUGCCAAGUUAACAGCCAACAAAUUUGCCACUCAGCCAGUCGUGCCGAGGCCAUUGGUCAUUGAAGACAGAAACCUCGCAUUUCGUCCGCAAUAAAGUUAUUAGACGACAUCAGCUAAACGUAGGCCAGCGCAGCUUCUACCAGCGGCGUUUACAAGGGAAUACAAUUUCUGCAUAGAUUAAUGAACCGGACAACGGGCCCGCAUUUCAUCUCUGGCUCUCAAUAUCGAUCUCACAGCUGGUAAUUGUAAAACGGACUACUCAAUAGGCGAUAUGUCGCUUAGUAAUCCCAAGCUCGUGUUCGUGUUUAGCGGUAAACGGAAGUCUGGCAAAGACUUCUUAACUAACGAAUUGAUAAAGAUGUUGCCAGAAAACUCGACAGUUAUCCUCCGACUAUCGGGACCCCUCAAGAAAGAAUACGCCGAUGAGAACAAAUUAGAUUUUAGUCGACUUCUUGAUGCUUCAGAGUACAAGGAGAACUUUCGGGCCGCCAUGGUAAGGUGGGGCGAGCAGAAGCGAAACGAAGAUCCCGGUUUCUUCUGUAGGCUUGCCAUUAACGAAUAUAAAGGUGAAAAACAUCCUAUAUGGAUUGUUAGUGAUGCACGGCGAACAACAGAUCUCGACUUCUUCCAAAGAGCUUUCCCUAAAGCGACCAAGCUGUGUAGAGUGACAGCCACCGACGAAGUUCGUGAGAAACGAGGAUGGAAGUUCGUGGAGGGCAUUGACGACGAGGAGACAGAAUGUGGACUUGACCACUUCAAGGGCUGGGAUUUCGAAAUGGAUAACAGCGGACUCAUCGGACCACACGAUUUGCUCAGGGGCUGCUUGAAGCUUGCCUUGGAUACUAUCCGAAAAUCAAAAGAAGAAUGACAACCAAAAAUAAGUGAUCUAUUGUUGAAACAUCGACACCUUUUGGAAACAGAAUGCUAAAAAAAAAAAGUGUCGAAUUAACCAAAAUGGUCGACCGAAUUUUACAGGAUGCCAUCGGGGUUUAUGAACGAUCAGCCUUUCAGUCGUCAAAAGCUGAGAGUGUUCUCAGUUUAUAAAUACAAUACUGUAGGAUUUACCCAGAUUUUAUGUGAUUGAUUCAUAAUAAUAAAAUAUUCGUUCGAUUAAGUAGCUCACGACCACGGUCGUGGUAAUAUAAUACUAAUAAUGCAUAGUCAUAAUAUAAUAACUUAGGUCCACCGCACAAAGUGAAUAUCUCUCAAUUUUGUAGCCAAUAUAUACUGUAUGGAUAUGAAAUAUGAUGGUCUUUUUGUUGUUAGAAUUUUAUAAAUGAUGCCUUUCGUUGCCUUUUACAAUGGCCAAAUGGAGAGUGCUUUUGGAAGGAGCAAGUUUUUUCAUUGUGAUUGUUUUUAUUCAACGUAUGUUGAAUGCUAGAACAGUAACUAGUCUUUCUCUCUCUCUCUCUCUCUCUCUCUCUCUCUCUCUCUAUAUAUAUAUAUAUAUAUAUAUAUAUAUAUAUAUAUAUAUAUAUAUAUAUAUAUAUGUUUGAAGCGACUAGGAAACUGAAACAACAAGCCAAUCCGAUAGGGAACAUAGUUGUAUAUGACUGUUGAAACGCAUAGCUACAGAAAGACAGUUAUGCAUAAGCGUUGUUUUGGUGCUGUUGAACGCUACGACCGGCCAGGUACUCUGAACGUCUCUGUUUUUAGGGUAGCUUGAUAAUGCUAUUAGCCAAAAACUGAAAAUAAAUUUUUGUUAUUAUACCUAUAUGCAUUUUAAGCAGUUAUUUGAUAGCCGCUCGGGAGCGGUGUCAAGGUGGUACGAGGGUUUCUGCGGAGCAUAUUCUGCCCGCACGAUAUAGUUUAUAGAAAGUAACGUACAACGGCAUUUGUAUUCGACGAUAAUAAGAAAUCAGAUUACUAUAAGAUUAUCGAGGUGAUGGGACACUAUGAAACAUUAAUCAAUAAGAAAAGCGAGGGCUGGUUGAUACAGUAUAUAGCGAAG